AUGGCGAGAACGCGACGCGCUCAGGCCGAGCUCACCGAGUCAUGGGAAGACGUGGACAACAGCUACUUCGCUGGCGAGGGAGGCGAGGAUGUGCCCAUCUACGGCGAGGAUGACGAGCGGGACGAACUGGGAAGUCAGUACCGCGACCCCGACUCUCCACGCCGCAGGGCAGGAGGGUCUGCAGCUUCYACCAGGUCCGAGCUGGUCAUGCCAUCUUCUYCCGAUGGCUCCGCUCGCCGCCUCAGCAACAGAGUCACCUCCAAAACAACGCAACGAGCCGGCACGCCGCACUUUCGCAUGAACCAGCGGAGCUUGACUAGCGACGCAGGCGAGAUUCGCAAAAGGCAGCGCACCAGCACUCCACGCUAUCGCAUGGCUGAUAGGAGCAUGACGAGUGAUGCAGGGCGUGCAGGUGGAUCACGGCUGCGAGAACAGCAAGAUGCMGCCUACGACAGCGACAACGAAGCGGCGCGAUCGCAAUAUCCUGCUCUGAUAUGGCGCCGUGCCGUCCGUCCGCUUCUUCGAUAUGUGACCGAUGUCGUGGGAUAUUCGCUACAUUACUUGAAACCCCUCCUCGGCUGGCUGCUGCUGCUCUACCUUCUGCUCGCUGCUAUGGUCUUCGGUUCGGGCUUCCUCACCAACAGCAUCAGUAACGCGCUUUCCCCCGUGUGCCGCCUGCCAUUUACAUCUAGUCUCCCUUUCUGUCCUCUGUCCAGCGGAUCAGAACCGCAGGGUUUGGCCGAGUACGACAAAUUGGCACUUGCACAAGAUGCUUUUCAGGAUGUUCUUGCGAACACGGCAGUCGGCGUUAAUCUCCCGUUAGACAUGAAGCGUUGCGAGUCUGGUAUCCGUGAUCUCAAGCAACUUGUCGCAUACUCCAGCCUUCCCUCUCGUAACGAGUUGGUCUUCGAGUUUGGGGGAUUCAUCGACACUGCUCGCCAAGCCUCAGAAGAUCUCAGCAAAUUCAAUUCACGAAUUGGACGUGCCGUCGACAAGAUCCUGUCCACGAAUCGCUGGACGCUGAGUGUUAUCGAGGGCGUCGCAGCCCAAGAGUCUUCCCAGGGCGCCAUUUCGGGUUGGAUCUCCCGGAACCUCAACAUCUUCGCUCCUUUCCAGCCUGUAAGCCUUUCGUCGAAUGUCCUCUUGGACCAAUACCUGCGCCAUACUGGUGCGAUUGAGGAGCAGAUUCAGAAUCUCAUCGAUGAAGCUUUCGUACUGCGCGACAUCCUCGAGAAUCUUGACGGCCGACUGGACGUUAUCGCUGACAUCGUCCAUCGCGAUGGGGUCAAGACCGAGUCACAUCAGGAUGAGCUGUUCGCCCAGCUGUGGACGAAAUUGGGCGGUAACCGUGCUUCUACUGCCAAACYGCAACAGCAGCUCGAGCUAUUGAAUUCUGUAACUCGCAACCGCCGUGCAGCUUGGGGACAUGUCACCAGUACUAUAUUGAAACUGCAGGCAAUUGCGAACAGCCUGGACGAUCUACGGGAGAGGGUUGCGGUUCCCGCGACAGUAGGGUCUGAAAAGGUUCCCUUGGCCGUGCACAUUGAAAGCAUCAAUAUGGGCAUUGAGAGAUUGGAGAGCCAGCGAGAUGCUGGCCGUAAUAUUGCAGCUGAAAGCUAUGCCAAGAUUGCCGAGAAGGCAGAAGCUGGUGAUAGGAGCCAAAUCGAUGGGAGGGAACUUUGA